AUGUAUCCCGAGCUACAUACCGUGAAUUCCAUCAGUAUCGUUUGUAAUGGUGGAAAUAAUUUAUCGAUAACGAGAAUUUCUAAAUCUAGUCCAAGCAUAAGCAUUAAGAGUCGUGAUUCAAAUAUUAGUCGUUUAGAUGUAAAUUGCGCAAUAUAUCAAACUAAACUUUUGCCAACAAUUUCAACAAAUUCAAAUCAAUUAACGCAUAAAGCUGAUGCAAUAGUUAACGUAUCUUCUCAAAGUAAACGUUCAUCUAUAAUUUCAACAAUUCCAAUCGAAUCAACAUUUAAUGAAAUGUCUAAUGUAAUUGCUGACAUGAUAAUCAAUUAUAUAAUUAAGGAACACGAUAAGAGUAUAGGAUUUUGUAAAAUCAAAUCUAUCUUUGAACAAGAAAUAAAACUUUUAUGUAAAGCUAUAAGGGACCUCCUACAUUGGCUCAAGAAAAAUCAACACGAAUCAAAAUAUAUUUGGUUCCAUGGAUUAUUCUGCUACUAUAUCACGAAUGAUAGUAAGGAAUCAUUUAAAUUGUUUUCAGAAGCGUCGAAAGGAAAUUUUGCAAUAGCCAAAGUCUAUCUUGCUAAAUGCUAUAUCGAUGGAUAUGGAACUGAUCGCAAUAAUAAGAAGGCAUUUGAUUUAUUCAAGGAAUCCGUAGAAAUCGGAAGCAUUUGCGGUCAAUUUUAUUUGGGAUAUUGUUAUGAAAAUGGUAUCGGAACUAAAAUGGAUGAAAAAAAAUCGAUAGAAUGGUACACAAAUGCAGCAAAUAAUGCGAACGCACCUGCAAUAUAUUACCUUGCAGAAUGUUACAGAUCAGGAAAAGGUGUCAAGGUAGAUGAAGCCACUGCAGUCAAAUGGUAUGAAGCAUUAGCAAAACUAGAAAUUGUUGAAGCACAAUUACAACUUGGAAAUUGCAAUCGUUAUGGAAUUGGAGUUAAAAUCAAUGUAGAAGGAGCUUUAGGAGUUGAGAUUAAUAAAACAAAAGCAUUUUGGUUGAACAAGAUUGCUGCUAAAAAAGGAAAUACUGGAGCACAAAAUAAUCUUGGAGUAUUGUAUGAAAACGGUGAAGAGAAAAAGGAAGAUGAAGCAUUAAAAUUCUAUGGAAUAGCAGCUGAAAAGGAACAUAGAAUGGCUCAAAACAAUCUUGGAUUAUUAUAUGAGAAUAGACAAGAUCUUAAAAGCGCCGCCUAUUGGCCAAUAUGGAACACUAGUAAUAUCGUUCUCACCAGAAAAUGCAUUACCAAAUCUCUAAAGGACAACGAUGAUGGAAAUAAUCAAGAACCUUUUACAAUGUUAAUUCAAAAAUUUUUAUGCGAGGCUGUUGCUAAUAAUGAUGUUGAAGAUCUAGCCGCAGUAUGUGAUGCUUAA